GAAGUUGUAUAAUGAAGUAUUUGUGCCUGCUUCUUUUGGCCACGUCGGUGUCUUGUCGCUUCACCGACGAUCUCUACCAACUUUUGGCCAAGGAAAAUGCCGACAAGAAUCUCAUUACCUCUCCCCUAUCGGUGGAAAUCGCACUGAGCCUGGCAUACAUGGGCGCCAGGGGAAAGACAGCCCAAGAAAUGAGGGAUGUUUUGAAACUGCCCGACGACAAGAAGGAAGUGGCAGCCAAAUUCAAGGAUCUUCUGAGUAAACUCGAAGGGCGCGAGAGCGUAGCCAUUCUGAGUCUGGCAAAUCGCAUAUACGUUAACAAUAAGUUCAAGCUAGUACCGGAGUACAAUCAAAUGGUAAAGGAUUCCUUUAAGGCUGAAGCGGAAGCAAUCAGCGCUAAUAAUCCCAAGAUAACCGCUUCCAUUGUCAAUAAGUGGGUAGAUACUCAGACGAGUGGUAAAAUCAGAGACUUAGUUAUGCCCAGUGACGUGGCGAAUCUGGUAUUGGUCAUCUUAAAUGCCAUUUACUUUAAAGGCCAGUGGCAGAAAAAAUUUAAUACCGAGCAAACGAAGUCCGAUUUCCAUAUUUCGGAUCAAAAGAGUGUUCCUGUCCAGAUGAUGUCACUAGUUAGGCCAUUUGGGGUUUCAUACGACAGAGAACUAGGUGCCAAUGUUAUCGAGCUGCCCUACAGAAAUUCAAACCUUUCCAUGGUCAUUUUUCUACCGGACAAGGUUGAUGGUCUACCAGAGUUGGAGAAAAAGAUGGUAGGAUUCACUCCAAAACUUAUCAAUAUAAAUGUGCAUCUAAGGCUUCCCAAGUUCAAAAUCGAAUUCUCCGCUCGUCUUGAGCAAGUUCUUAUAGCGAUGGGCAUACAAGAUGCGUUUAAGACGUCUGCUGACUUCAAUGAUCUGGUCGCGAACAGUGGGGCUCAUGUGGGAGGCGUCGUUCACAAGGCGUUCCUAGAGGUUAAUGAGGAAGGUUCUGAAGCAGCGGCUGCAACAGCUGUAGUUUUUCGCUAUAAGAGUAUACGGUCACCGCCAAUGGAUUUUAAUGUCAAUCAUCCAUUUGCCUAUGUCAUUCGCGAUGCGGAAAACAUUUACUUUCAGGGCCACUUCGUGAACCCGGAACUAUAAAAUGUACUUUUUUAUAUCAACAAGACUUUUACCAUAUUGAUUAGUAGAAGUAAAUUGAAUUAUUACAU